CAUUCAGUUCCGGAACACCCCAUUUUGGUGCGUUCAUUUCACUGUUCUGCGUCAUUUUUUCUGACUCUGGGCAGUCGGAGACAUCUUCGCUGUUCCCGGGGCACCAUGGCUGAGGGUAACGCAGAGGCUGACCAGAAGCCCGUGAAGACCCUGGAGGAGGCGGAUGACGGAGGGAUCGACCAGAGGCAGAAUGAGGAAAUUGAAGCAAUGGCAGCCAUUUAUGGCGAGGAAUGGUGUGUCAUUGAUGAGUGUGCCAAAAUAUUUUGUAUUAGAAUCACCGACGACUUAGAUGAACCCAAAUGGACAAUUUGCUUGCAGGUGAUGUUACCAAGUGAAUAUCCGGGCACAGCGCCACCUAUCUAUCAGUUGAAUGCUCCUUGGCUGAAAGGACAAGAGCGUGCCGACUUGUCAAACAGCCUUGAGGAGAUAUAUAUACAGAAUAUCGGUGAAUGUAUUCUUUACCUGUGGGUGGAGAAAAUAAGAGAUGCUCUGAUACUGAAGUCUGAGGUAGCGGAGCCAGUUCCAGAUGUGAAGAAAAAGCCUGAAGGGAAAACUGUUGAAUGUGAAAACAAGCAGACUGUAAAACGUCAGCCGGCCAAGCCAGCAAAGCCAGCAAAGCCAGCAAAGCCAGAAAAGCCAGGAAAGUCAGGAAAGUCAGGAAAGUCAGAAAGGGCAGAAAAUCCAGCUAAAAGAUUGGACAUCAAGAUGAGUGCCAAUGUACCAGAACUACAAGAAAUGCCUCCAGUUGAUCAUGGCGUUCCUAUUACAGACCGAAGGAGCACUUUUCAGGCACACGUGGCCCCGGUAGUCUGUCCCGAGCAGGUGAAAAUGGUUCUUGGCAAGUUGUAUGAGAAUAAGAAAAUAGCCAGUGCCACCCACAAUAUCUAUGCCUAUAGGAUAUUCUGUGAGGAUAAACAGACCUUUCUGCAGGACUUUGAGGAUGACGGAGAAACAGCUGCUGGGGGCCGUCUUCUUCAUCUCAUGGAAAUUUUGAACGUGAGGAAUGUCUUGGUGGUGGUAUCCCGCUGGUAUGGAGGGAUCCUGUUGGGACCUGACCGUUUCAAGCACAUCAACAACUGUGCCAGGAACAUCCUGGUGGAGAAGAACUUCACACCUCCCCCUGAGGAGUCAUCUAAGACUUUGGGAAAGAAGAAAGUGAAGAAGGACAAGAAGAGAAAUGAUCACUAAUACUUGAAGCUGUGUAAAGGUUAAUCCUUCAUCAUCUGUACACAUUCCGCAGUGGUCAAGGGUACGUGAAGAUAGUACACUUGACAGCUUGAGGCAGCCAGUCCAAUACGGACACCAGCAUUGUUUCCUUCUUUGAUUCCAUCAUUUGCCAAAAAUAGAGAAUUUAGGAUCUAUUCACACGUUUCAGGUUUAUUUGGGAGAACUGGUUUGAGUGUAACGUCAUUUAAUAUAACACUAGGAAGGUGACACAUGCAGAGCCUUGUACCUGAAAUGUCCAUUUCAGUAUUUGUCGUGUGCCUUUGUUAGGUGGGGAAGACUGUCUCCAGAGGAAGUCAAAGCCUGAUUCCCUGUGAUAGAUAUGCUCAUGCUCUUAAACGCACAUCGCUUUUAUUGCUCCCUGUAGCUUGUUAGAGUGGGAGCUCAUUGAAGUCCGAGAUCUUGGAGUGUCUUUUCCUCGUGAUUCCACGUUAGUCACUUUCAUUUUAUAGUGUUCAUCGUGGAGUAAUAGAGUACGUGAAAAUCCACGACUUUCCAUCUGUGAUUAUGUGCCAAAGUGGUAAUUUAGCAUACUUGCUAGCCCAAGUGUUACUCCUCAGUUUUGUUGCAAAUUGGUGAUUGUGAAACUUCCAAAAGUGAUUUUAGUUUAGUGUGUCUUUCGUUGUUUACUUCCUGUAAUGAAGCACAGUGAGCACUGAGUCUCAGUAGUCCUUCUCUCCCUUGAGUGUGUUAGUACAACAUUACGGUGUCUCUGAUCAACUUGGAAGCACUUCCUUGCGUUCUCCCUGUGCUGUGGUCAACAACACUUCCGGAAGGAGAUAGAGGUGAGAGAACUGCACGGACACAGGCUGAGGACUGCACAGUCCGAUGCACAUUUGCAGCUGAACUCUGGCCAGGUUUUUAUAGUUCUGUGAUAUUUUUUUUUUUCUUGAGAAAUAGAUGGACAAAUUGAUUAGGUCAAAAAAUUCUUUCUCUACAAAUUCUUGGCAAAUCUCCCUUUUUAACAGUGUUUUAUUUAUUUAUUUAACCUGCAUGUUACUUGUAAGGAAUAAGGAGAAAAACUCCUUUUGAGAUGUACGUAAAUUGUACACUGUUACCUUUCAGAAAUAAUGCCAAAAAAUUACUAAAUUGAUCAAGUGAUCACAGACUUGUUUGGUUCCCCUCCCAAGGAAGGGGUCAGAAGUUAGGAAGCAGCUUUGGGAGGGUGUUGGAGCGUGGAAAGCAUCUCAGGUUGGGCGAAAGCUUUUGUCUGGUUUUUAACCUGGAAAGACCCACAUCCGCACUUGGAAUUUGAAGUAGGAAUCCAGUAGACAGCUUUACAGAAGUGGGUUCUGAGACAGAAGUCUUAUUUUCAACAUUAUUUAAUGUUGUAAAUUAUCAAGAAUUAUAGGAUGACCUAUAGGUGUGUAUUUGGAGCACUUACCUCUGUUUCCAUGAAAUGCUAAGUAUAUCCUAUGUAUUAAUUGUUACAGAACUUAGACAGUAUUUGCUAAAGAGAAUUUCACAAUCUUGACAUUUCAGAGCUGUGAAAGUGAUAAAAACACUAAGAAUUUUAUGCUGCAGGAAAAAGGAGUUAAUUUUCCUAGCACACUGGAUUUGAACUUCUUUUCUGGUGUUUUGUCUAAAAUGAAUUAAUGUUUACAGAAGAAAAAAAACAUUUUUUAUAUAUUUCUGACCUCAUUUUCCUUCACUUAAAAAAUGUUAUGUUUUCUUUGUUUUAUAAGGUUACUAACCACAUUUAUGGUUGAGAUCCUUAACCUUCUUCACUGCAGGUAGGAGGAGAGAUCCCAAAUUCUUUAGUUCUAACUCUGAAAUUAUAUAUUUGACUCUGUACCAUCAAUGCAAAAUAAUGAUAACAUAUUUUUUCUCUAUUAAAUUAGAGAAAAAUUAUAUGUAGAGAAUUUUCUAGUUCUCCAAAUAAUAACUUUCUAUAGCCAGCCAUCUGCUGUGGCAUUCUCUCUAUUAUCUUAGUUGAAAUGUUCUCCACAUGCCGGUACAUGAGAGCAGGUAGCAUCUACUUUGACGGGCAUCGCAGCGGCCGCAUGAAGGAGGUGUCUGUGUACCACAAGACAGGCUGUUGGAAGGACAUUAGUUUAGACUAAUCGUAGAACAGAUGAAGCAGAUACUGUUUGCAGGGCAGGUGAGUGAUACUGGGAAACCUGUAAUCACAUCCAGUCAGCUAAAGAGAUAACCAUAAACGGUGUAUACAGUUCUUAUUUUUUUCUUAUGCAUGAUUUUGUAUAUAUGGCUAUUUUUCUUUCCAUAAAGUGGUAUUAAUCUAUAUAUACUGUUUUGUAUCCUACAUAUUUCAUAUAGAAGUAUAUUGUUAACAUUUUCCCAUAUCAAUAAAUAUUCUUCUAUGUCUUAA